AUGGCGCUCAGCAAUUGGCAGGCGCACCUGAGCGCUCCCGCGACCAGAGCCCAGUGGAGUUGCAUCCCUACCCUGGAGGCAGAUAGAGACAUCGGCGUCUACCAGUACUAUGACAAGAAAGAUGCGCCAGUGUCAGCAACAGAGCAUGGUAACUUAGAAGAGAAACAAAGGCUGGCGGAAUCACGAGAUUAUCCUUGGACACUCAAAAACAGGCGCCCAGAAAAACUUCGAGACUCACUGAAAGAGUUGGAGGAGCUGAUGCAAAGCAGUCCGUGUGUGCUGAGCAAAUGGAAGAACAAAUACCUCUGUCAGCUCCUCUUUGGUUCAGGUGUGCUGGUGUCCCUAAGCCUUUCCGGGCCUCAGCUGGAGAGAGUGGUGAUUGACAGAAGCCUGGUGGGGAAGCUCAUCUCAGACACCAUCAGUGAUGCUCUUCUUACAGACAGUUUCAUCAUCUUAUCAUUUUUGGCACAAAACAAACUAUGUUUUAUUCAGUUUACAAAGAAGAUGGAUUCUCUUGAUGUAAAUAAGAGACUGGAAAGACUCUCAGCCUUGGAUUAUAAGGUUUCCUAUUAUGACAUACCUGGCCCAGCUCACAGGACACUAGAGCGUCGCUUAGCUAUCAAUUCCUCGGAGGAUGUAGUUGUUUGCUGGUGGCCUCUGGCCAGUGAUGGCGCUUGGCCUUGGACUCCAAUCUCUUCUGAGAAGGACAGAGCGAAUCUCCUGCUCCUGGGUUUUACUCAAGGAGGACUGCAGGUUCUGAGUUCUGUUCGCACGGAAUGGAAUCCUCUGGAUGUUAGCUUUGGCGCCAAACAACCUCAUCAGGUGUUGACGGUGGAGUGCUCUAUUGGUGUAGACAAGGAGCCCAUGGCUGACAGCUGUAUCUAUGAAUGUGUCCGGAACAAACUCCACUGCGUGUCAGUUACCAGAAUACCAUUAAGAUCGAAGGCCAUCAGUUGUUGCAGGAAUCCUACUGAAGACAAACUGGUUGUGGGCUGUGAAGACUCUUCAUUAAUCCUCUAUGAAGCUCACCGUGGAGCAACCCUUUUGGCCCAGGCUGAACUCUUGCCUUCAUUAGUAAGCUGCCACCCAAGUGGUGCCAUCCUGCUAGUUGGCAGCAGCCAAGGGGAGCUGCAAAUUUUUGACAUUGCUCUAGCCCCCAUUAAUAUCCAGCUCUUGGCUGAAGAUCGCCUACCCAGGGAGACUCUGCAGUUCAACAAAUUCUUUGAUGUUUCAAGCAGUCUUGUUCAAAUGCAGUGGAUAGCUUCUCCUCUUGUUUCCCAGAAGCCUGAAAGAGGAGAAAUCUGUGAUCUCCUUUUCCUCAGGUUCAACAGAGGACCUGUGGGAGUGCUGUUGUUUAAGCUAGGCAUCCUCACUCGAGGACAGCUGGGUCUGGUCGACCUCAUCCUCCAGUACCUCCACUGCGAUGAGGUGAAUGAGGCCAUCAACAUCCUGAGCAGCAUGAGCUGGGACAGCCUGGGCCAGCAGUGCUUCAUCAGCAUGAGCGCCAUCGUGAACCACCUUCUUAGACAAAGGCUCACUCCAGAGAGAGAAGCGCAGCUUGAGGCAAGCCUGGGAACCUUCUACGCGCCGACGAGACCGCUUCUGGACACAACUGUUCUGGAGUACAGAGACCCCAUCAGCAAGUAUGCCAGGAGAUUCUUCCACCACCUGCUCAGGUACCGGAGAUUUGAAAAGGCCUUCCUCUUGGCUGUUGACAUUGGUGCUCGUGACCUGUUUAUGGAUAUCCAUUACCUUGCCCUGGAUGUGGGUGAACGGGCACUGGCUGAAGCGGCGAGAAGAAGAGCAUGCGACAUUGAUGGCGCGCCAGGCUCCUCUGGCGCCGAGCUCCUGGGGCCCUUGGACAGAAGAGACACGCUGAAUGAAGCUCUUGCUGGCCCAGCUUUAACACCCGAAGGAGAAAACACAUUUCCAGAUCUUCUUCCCUCCAUUGGUCCCAUGCACAGGCACGCCACUCAACAGAAAAUGCCCAGUGGCCCUUCUAACAGACAGGUGACCGAGAGAGGGAAUGAGCAGGAGGGGAAGAUGUGCACCGACUCUUCGGUGACCACCAUCUCAGAUGCAGAAGGAGGACUGGAAGAAGACUGCAGGGGACAGGACUUUGGAGAUGUUGGUUCUCUCAGAAUGGUUCAUUUUGGUUUGCUAUAAAUCAUUUGAAAUUCCAAAAAGAAACCUGAUGUAGGAAGUCCUUCUGUAUGUGCAUUGCUUUUAUUGGUUAAUGAAUAAAGAAUCUGCAUUGGCCUGUGGUAGGGCAGAGUAGAGCUAGGAUGGGAAAACUAAACUGAAUGCUGGGAGAAUGAUGGAGGAGUUAAGAGAAGCCAUGUAGCCCUGCUGGAGACAGACACCAGACGGAACCUUGCCAGUAAGCCACAGCCACGUGGCAAUACACAGAUUAAUAGAAAUGGGUAAAAUAAAGAUGUAAGAGAUCAGCAAUUAAGAAACUAAAGCUAAUAGGCCAAGCAGUGAUUUAAAUAAUACAGUUUCUGUGUGGUUAUUUCUGGGCUGAACAGCCAGGAUAAAACAAGCGGCCUUCUACAACAGAAACCCACCUUUUUUUCAUAUCUUUUAUAUUGCCCUGAUAUAAUACAAAUCUCCAUGUAUGGAUUUUAAUAGAAGGAGAGAUGGUACAUGCAGCACAGCAUAACAAUAACAAAGUGACCCCCCAAAAAGUCCUUAACCACUUAUUUCCCUAAUAUGUGUACUUCUUAAAAGUCAUAAACUAUACAUCAUUUGGAGCAUCAGAGGUAGAUGCUCUUUUUCUCCCUCAUCUUUUAAAUUUUUUCUCCUUUGGGGGCUGGAGAGAUGACUCAGCAGUCAAGGGCACUUAUUCUUGCAGAGGACCCAGGUUCAUCCAGCACCCAUAUGGUGGCUCAUGGCUAUCUAUAACUCCAGUUCUAGGGGAUCCAGUGUCCUCUUCUGACCUCCUCAGGCACCAAACACAGACACGUGGUAUGAGCAAAAUCACCCAUACAUAUAUAACAAAAUAAAUCUUUACAAAAAUUC